AUGGCUGUAGCACGCCCAAUUCGAGUCUUGGGCUUAUUGGCCAUAGGAUUAUGGAUAUUUUUCUUAUAUCAAGUUUUUGGUCGAGAAAAACGAGUAUUAGGGCCUGGAGAUACACUUGACAAUAUAGAAAGAGACCCUAAUCUAGAUCGUAUGCGCCAAACUUUCUCAUAUGCCAUUUAUUUGCUAACGAAUUUUAUAGCUACUGGAGAACCGGAAGGUGUGUUAUGGAGAGCUGAUCAGGGCUACGGACUUGGGGCUGAGGGAACGAGUCGAAUUAAUGCUACUCUUUUAUCUUUGGUCCGUAACGAAGAGGUCGAUGGCAUGGUACAAGCUAUGCAAGAUCUCGAGAGAACAUGGAAUCAUAAGUUCAAUUAUCCGUGGACGUUCUUCAAUGAUGUGCCAUUCACAGAGGAAUUUAAACGUCGAACUUCUGCAGAAACGAAGGCAGAAUGCAAAUAUGGUACGCAGCUUCACCUAUGAUGACAACCUGGCAACUCUAACAAUCCUGGCAGAAUUGAUCCCGAAAGAACAUUGGGAGAUUCCCUCAUGGAUCGAUAAAGAGCUUUUCGAUGAAUCAGCAAAGAUAUUGAAGGAGAAUGACAUCCAAUAUGCCAGCAUGGCAUCGUACCACCAAAUGUGUCGAUGGAACAGCGGCCUAUUUUACAAACAUCCAGCCAUGGCAAAUAUGCAAUUUUACUGGCGUGUCGAACCAAAAGUUCAUUUCUUCUGCGAUGUCGACUAUGAUGUUUUCAGAUAUAUGCAGGAUCAGAAUAAAACGUACGGGUUUACUAUCAAUCUUUACGAUGCCCCUCAAUCGAUUCCAACCUUGUGGCCCGAGACGACGAAAUUCUUAGCUGCACAUCCAGAGUACAUCCACGAUAAUAAUGCAAUGAAUUGGAUCACCGACAGUGCGCGGAGACCCGAACAUAAUCAGAAAGCAAACGGCUACUCCACAUGCCAUUUCUGGAGUAACUUCGAAAUUGGUAACAUGGAUUUCUGGCGCAGUCAAGCAUAUGAGGAUUAUUUCAAUCACUUGGACCGUGCUGGAGGCUUCUUCUACGAGCGAUGGGGAGAUGCGCCAGUUCAUAGUAUAGCAUUAGCACUUUUUGAAGAUUCGAGCAAGAUUCAUUGGUAAGUUUUGAGACUUUUUUGCAAGAUUUAUGUCUGUAGCUAAUCUCUUUCAAAGGUUCCGUGAUAUCGGUUAUCAGCACAUCCCCUACUUCAACUGCCCUAACUCUCCAAAGUGCAAAGGUUGUCAGGCGGGACGAUUCACAGAUGGAGAAGCUUGGCUGCAUAAGGAGGAUUGCAGGGCGAAUUGGUUCAAAUAUGUUGGUAUGGGUUGAAUAAACAUAAAACUCGGGACAUGGUCAACAAUAGCGGUGGUGGUAACGGUUGAUAUACUGUAUUAAAAUGUCUCUUUGAUGUUUGGAAGUUUAAAGCAGGCAAGCAUUGGCAGGGCGUUCAUGGUGGGAUUUGGGAAUCAUGAUAAGUAUUUAGAGUAUAAUAUGGCACGGCCGUUAGAUGAAAAGGGCUGGUUGGCAGGACAGGCUCAUGAAUUACAUAUAUACCAAUAGGAGUACUUUUGGACAGCGGCCCUUGAUCCUCGCACAAAAUCAAGCAACAUUAUCAUCAAGUCUUUCAAAGCAUGUCAUGGAGUUCCUUCAACGGGUGUUACCCUCUCAACACUAUUCGCACUUAU